GUUGUCAGAACAUAAAUAAAAACAAAAACAAAUUGCAAAAAUAUUUUUUAAAAAAGGAAUAAUGGAGAAAAAAGACACAAAUUUAGAUAAACCUGGUGGAAUGGCUCUGGUUGCGAUUAAAACUCAAAACAAAGCGAUUCAAGAAUUCAAGAAACCUACAGUUCCAAUAAAAAAGAAGAACAAACAAAUAAUUUUGAGCGAAGAAAGUUAUUUAAAGGAACUUGGCAAAAUUAUACAGCGUGAUUUCUUUCCUGAUCUCGAGAAAUUAAAAGCCCAGAAUGAAUACCUCGAUGCUAUUGCAUCAAAUGACGUUGUGAAACUCAGAGCGAUUUUCACAAAAUAUUCUUCAAAACGGAGACCAACAUUUAAUGAAACACCAUCUUCAUUUGAAUCUCCUUUAACUGAACCAAGUCAAACUCCUGCAACAAUUGCUUCUGUUCGUAGCAAUGAAUCAUCGAAGACUACGUCAUCAAGAAAAUCUAUUUCGGAUAAUCAUUCAUUGGACAGUUUUUUCGAUAAAUACACAAGUGAAGAUAAUCAGAGUUUUGAAGAAAUUAUAGAAGCUGCUGAUGAAAAGCUUAAACAAAGAUUUGCAAUUCUUUAUGAUGCUGAAGAGCAAUCUUCGGAACUUCUCAAAGCUUCACUCGCACUUCCCAAUAUAGAGAAUCAAUUUGGAGCAAUUGAGCUACCCAAUAAACUUGAUACAUGGACAUAUAAGAAUAAAAAUUACAUCAUGUAUAUUCCGGAUGGUGUUGACUUCACACAAGAAGAAAAAAUAGAAAUGGCGAAACGAAAGCAAGAAAUUUCUCACAAUAACACUCGCCUUGCUGUUAAUCCCUUCAAUGAAUCACAAAACAAAGAAACUAUUCAUGAACUUGCAAAGAAUCAGAGCCGUGGGAAUGCAGAAAAGAUUGGCGUAGAUGGAAAAAUUAUGGAGGAAGCUUCACCGCAAAUUAGAGGAUUUGGCUUUGUCAAAAGUCCAUCACCAUGUCCAAGUAUGAUUGACAGCAGUCCACUUAUGACAUGGGGUGAAAUUGAAGGAACACCUUUUCGACUGGAUGCUAGUGACACUCCUAUCAGAACAACAUCAUUUGGGGGACCAUCAUUUCGAAUUGCAGAAACAUCAAAACGUGAAAAUCUUGCACUGCAAUUGGCUGAGAAUGUCAGUGAAAAGCAUCGUGCAAAGAAAAGUAAGGCCAUUGAAGCAGCGAAACGAAACAUGUGUGCAACGCCACAUGUAAGAAAUUCUUUAGAUCGUUUAGCUUCAUUAUCACCAGCAGCUAAAAGAUUGUCGAGUGUAAGAUUGGGACGGGAAAGUUGGGCGACACCAUCACCAAGAUCAAAUCGAUUUUUCAUCACACCGAAACGAUCUAAAAACACUCCGCUUGUAAGAACACCUGUGAGAGAACAACAGAGAUCGACAGAAACGCCUUCAAAGGAUUCAAGUUAUUCAGAAUCGACACUCACUGAUAAUCUGCUUGAUAUUCCAUCAUCCAGUAAACGUCCAAAAGCUGCUGAUUUUUUCUAAGCCAAAUAACUACUGUAAAGUCAUAAUAAAAGUGAAAUAAAGCACAAAUAUUUUCGCUGACAUUUUUCUUUUGUUUUUUAUUUGAUUAUAUGCGAACAUGCUCGAUGUCUCUAAACGAUCGUGAUUUUUUGGUGAAAAAUUUUUCACAAACAUAUUUUGUG